AUGGAAGGACCAAAAUCACCCUUGCAACCACGCACACCAACUUAUGGAAAUGUAAUCACUGCUCUUAGCAUUGAUGGAGGUGGCAUAAGAGGGAUUAUCUUUGGGAUAAUUCUAGGCUUUCUAGAGUUGCAACUCCAGAAAUUGGACGGCGAAGAUGCAAGAAUUGCAGACUACUUUGAUGUGAUUGCAGGAAUAAGCACUGGUUGUAUUGUGACUGCCAUGCUAACUAUGCCAAAUGAUAAAAAGUGCUGGCGCCCUAAAUUUGCUGCCAAAGACAUUAAUGAAUUCUACCUUGAACGCUGCCCUAAAAUCUUCCCUCAGGAAAGAUGGGAGCUUAUUUGCAAACUUCAGGAGGUAAAGUCUGAGCUGUUGUUGAGUCAAGUUUAUACACCUCCUACUGAGGAAAAGACUGUGGAUGGUAAGGUUGUUCAGGUUCAAGAGCAUGAGAUGGAUGAAGAAAAUUUGAAUAAAAUGUUCGCACAGACCAUUGAAGGUAAAUUGGCAAUUAACAAGUUAGCAAAGGAACUUAUUCAAGCUAAGAAGAGAAUGAUGAACUGA